AUGAACGGCCACGACGACGACGAGCGGGCGGCAGCGGCGGCGGCGAGGGUCGGGUCGUGUCGCAGAAGACUCUUCGAGGUGCCACCAGGCGAGCNGGCGGCGAACGGCCACGAACGCGCAGCAGCAGCAGCAGCAGCAGCAGCCGACGCGUACGAGGGCGAAUAUGACUACGUGGUGGGUGUUGUGAACCCCGCCUCCGGGGAGUGUGGGGCGGCGCAGCACGUGCUGAAUUCGUUGCGCGUGCUGCUUGGCGCGGAGCGUGUGGUGACGCUUGACGGGCCGCUCUUCGCCAACCCGGCGCUGCUCAUUGAGGUCCUUCGCAACCACGCUGUGCGCUUUACGCCGCAAAAGGGAGGCCAAGAAACAACAACCACACCAUACAGUGCUGUGAAUACAACUACCAGCUACGGCGAAAUGUCCAAUGCAGUGGAUAAGCGCGGAACCGUCGUUGUGUCAGGCGGCGACGGCACCGUAGCGUUUGUCAUGGAGCAGCUUGAUGCGCUGCGCGAGAUUAUGGAGAAGACACUGAAGGAUGCCAACGACGACGGAAUGAAUUACACGAGCCCUGACAACAGCAGCGCAAAGGUGCGAUUCGUGCUCCCUGCAGUGGCAGUCCUUGCGCUCGGGACAGGAAAUGACUAUUCCAAUAGCAUGGGGUUUGGUGGUGGCUAUACGCGUCAUAAGCUUGGAGGUGUAUGCUGCUGCAUGGAGAACCCCAUUGAGCCGCUCGUCCAGGACGCCAUUGCAGCACCUGCUGUUCCCUUUGACCGUUGGAUGGCACGAAUCGCGCCACUAUCAGCGAUCUCCGAGCAACAGCAACAGCAUGCUAACAAACAGGAGGGAAGUGAAAUGAUUCCGGACGAGACAUUAAUAAAUAGACUGGAGCUGGGGGAAACGGUGGGAUCACACCCCAUUGAUUGGGAUGCACUGGAUGCCGCCAAAAAAUGUCUCAAGUACUCCUUCAUCAACUACUUUAGCAUAGGCUUGGAUGCGUACGUGCUCGAGAAGUUCGACACCUUUCGCAAAAGGCACCCAUCCUUCUGCAGCACGCGAUGCAAAAACAAACUUGUGUACGGCAUGUACGGCCUCAAGGCGGUAUUUCGGUGCUCCACACUUCGCCCCUCGAUCCCAGCCAUCUGUGUCUCCAGCAUGACACGGGGGGCCUCCGGCUUCACCACUGCAGUGCCACAAGUAGCGAAGGAUGCCUUGAGUGACAGCGACGUUGCCAGUGGCAUCUGCAAGGACAACAACAAAAGCAAAAACAAAAAUAACAACGGCAUCACCAAACGUGUUGCAGGGGCGGGCGGUGCGGAGAAGCGGGCGCCCAUGACUACACUGAGGCUGCCACACGCGAGCAAGGCCCUGUUGGUGACGAACGUCAACUCGUAUGCCGCAGGCACACACCCGUGGAAGGAGAAUAGGGGCCGCCUCUACCGCGAUGACCCGCAUGCAGACCCCAUGAUCCUCACGCCUGUAAGCGUGAAUGACCACAAGAUGGAGGUGCAGGCGCUUAAUGGGUUGUUUCACAUGGGAAUGCUGCAGCUGGGAAUCGGCAACGGUGCCAACAAGCUUGCACAGACGCGGGAGCUGCUUGCUUUUGUUCUUUGUGGACCAGAAGAUAUUGCACAAUACAAUGAGAAACAGCCUCACCGAAGCGACUGCAGGAGCAGUGGUGAAGAGAACGAGGAAGGCUACGAGAUGCGGACACCACUCAGUAUGCAAGUUGACGGAGAGUUCGUUGCGCGGAUUGUGCAGCCCACCGUUCUGCACAUCACGGAACUGCGCCGCCCCCGCGUCUUUGUGCGCUGCCGCAACCCGAAAUUGCUGCGGCCAACAUCGCGGGAUGGAGAGGCGGUGGAUUAA